AUGCGCAAUGCCAAGCGACAGCUGGAGCGAUGUAAAUCUCUAUGCCAUUGGACUCUGGAGCAUGCUGUUGAGAAGGGCCAUGCUGUUGAGAAGGGCCAUGCUGUUGAGAAGAGCCAUGCUGUUGAGAAGCGCCAUGCUGUAGAGAAGGGCCAUGCUGUUGAGAAGGGCCAUGCUGUUGAGAAGGGCCAUGCUGUUGAGAAGGGCCAUGCUGUUGAGAAGGGCCAUGUUGUUGAGGAUGGCAAGGGCCUCGUCAAACGACUGUUCGAGGAAGAGGAGAGCAGCACAGAGGAUGAAGCCGCAAACAACAGAUCGAGAUACCUGCACCUGUUUGAGGCACUCACCAUCAAGGCCACCAUCCAGGUCACCUUCAAGGACACCAUCCAGGGGACCAUCCAGAACAUCAUCCAAGUCACCAUCCAGGACACCUACCAUGACACCAUCCAGGCAAUCUUCCAGGCCACCUUUCAGGGCACCUUCGAGGCCACCAUCCAUGACACCAUCCAGGUCACCAUCCAUGACACCAUCCAGGCCAUCAUCCAUGACACCAUCCAGGCCACCUUCAAGGACACCUUCAAGGACAGACACCUUCCAGGACAACUUCCAGGACACAUUCAAGGCACCAUCCAUAACACCAUCCAGGCCGCCAUUCAGGUCACCUUCAAGGACACCAUCCAGGACACCAUCCAGUACACUAUCCAGGCCACCAUCCAGGCCACCAUCCAUGAUACCAUUAAGGACAUUUUCCAGGACACCAUCCAGGACACAUUCAAGGACACCAUCGAGGGCACCAUCCAGGCCACCAUCCAUGACAUCAUCCAGGACACCUUCCAGGACACCAUCCAGGACACAUUCAAGGACACCAUCCAGGGCACCAUCCAGACCGCCAUCCAUGACAUCAUCCAGGACACCUUCCAGGACACCAUCCAGGACACAUUCAAGGACACCAUCCAGGGCACCAUCCAGACCGCCAUCCAUGACAUCAUCCAGGACACCUUCCAGGACACCAUCCAGGACACCAUCCAGGACACCACAGAGGUCAAGCAAGCCUUUUUUAGUCGGUGGACAAUUUAUAUCAAGAUCAGGAUCCGCCUGAGUGCAGAGGGCACUGUGGUUUUUGAGAGCCCACUUCAGAAGAAAGAAUAA